UACCUUGAUGCAGAAUCUACCCAGCCGCCGUUUUCAUCAUUUCGCAAACCUCAAGUAGUCAAGAAUCAACCCAAAUGCACAACCCAAACCGGAAAACUAAGAAAACCUCGGCCAGAACCACCUAUAAAUGCAGUGUAUCAUUGUUUGUAAAUUAUCUACAUUUUAAGGCCCAGAAAUUUCUUGCUUCUGUAUAUUAGCUAGCAGCAGCAGCCUUUGGACAAGAAGAAGGCAAAAAAAUUAUUGGGGUUUCAAAAAUGGAAGGAGGGAACACCAGUAGAGGCCGAAAGAUAGUGGUGGCUGUGGAUGAGAGCAGGGAGAGCAUGCACGCUCUCUCUUGGUGUCUCGCUAACCUUGUCUCUCCCACUUCUAAUGGCACUCUAGUCCUCCUCUACGUUAAGCCCCCAACUCCUAUCCACUCUGCCUUUGACGCUGCAGGGUACAUGUUUUCUGGUGAUGUUGUUUCUGCCGUGGAAAGUUAUAGCAAGAAUUUGGUGAACUCCGUGAUGGAACGAGCAGAAGCUGUCUACAGUAAAUUCAACGUAAAAGUAGAGAGAGUAGUAGGGAGCGGAGAGGCAAAGGAUGUGAUCUGUAAUACAGUAGAGAAACUUCGAGCUGACAUGCUUGUUAUGGGAAGCCAUGGUUAUGGUUUCUUGAAGAGAGCUAUCCUUGGAAGUGUAAGCGACCAUUGUGCCAAGCAUGCAAAAUGUCCAGUGGUGAUCGUGAAGCAUCCAGACGAAAAUUGACUUGAUUCCUGCCACAAAACUUUCUUGUACCAUCAUAUGUAUUGUGUAUAUGUAUUCUCUCUUUAUAACACUACUCGGAUCAUGAAGUGAAAAGUUGGUGCAGCUGUUAUGGCUGGGGGCCUGGAUGCUGGCUAUUGUAUAAUAAAUCCAUUUUAUUAGUAGCAGGAACGAUCAAGAGAGAAACUAUUUAGUGCAAAUUCUCAUUAAAAAAUUAGUGCAUUGAUUUAUAAUACUCAUACCAAAUUCAAGUGAUUGGAGUA